UAGAGUAUGUGUGUUUCUCAUCAGUCCCUUUGAACAUCGCAAACGACGUUUACGAUAUUUUAACGUGAUAUUUUUCUGUGUUGUGAUCAAACAGUUUAUUGUGACAGAAUUAUGUGGAUUUAGAUUAAUUUAUGGUUGUGUGGUUUGUGUUAUCUGGAGGUUUGUCGGAAUAGUGCUUGUAUCACAGGUACUGGAAAUAAUGCUGACUCGGGUCGUAAAAACAACAUGUGAUAAGCUGGUUCGCUUAAAAUAUCCUUUUGUGAUUGGAGAAUGAUAUAAGGAAUCUGGACAACAUUUAUAUCUAAAUGAAAAUGAUAUGCUUUCAUUAUAACGAUAAUGAUAGAAUUUGCAUGAAGCGCCUGUAAUAAGAACAACUAUACAACCAUGCUGUCCCAACUGCACUUAGCUUUUUAUGGGGUCUGCCUCUUCAUGUUGAGUGCCGGAAGUCACCAAGAAGUGCUUAUUGAGGAGUCAACUAACAUCGAGUCUCUACACGCUCCUACGGGCGGUACUGUGGAAUUGCCAUGUGACGUCACUCCUGCCCUCCCCGAUGAUCGAAUGGGUCUCGUCAUCUGGUACAAACAAGGGCACGACACUCCUAUAUAUUCGUUGGAUACGAGGGAGGGUGUGACGUCACACUGGUCGGACCCCACGACCCUCGGCUCCAGGGCCACCUUCCGCAGCAGCACAACGCCGGCUGUGCUACUUCUUACCAAGCUUAGGCCUGAAGACAGCGGACAAUAUAGAUGUCGUGUGGAUUUCAUCAGAUCACCCACCAAGAACACCAGAUUGAACCUCACUGUACUCAUUCCACCGGAACGUUUAAUUAUUCUAAAUCAAGAAGGUGAUGAGAUCAAAGGCGGAGUACUCGGUCCAUAUGAUGAGGGGACUGAAGUCAAUCUAACUUGCGUUGCCGUUGGAGGUCGGCCUCCAGCGAGGGUGUCCUGGUGGAAGUCGCACGCACUCCUGGCUAAUUCAGAGGCGAGAGCCGCUGUUACCUUCACGCUACAGAGAUCUGAUUACGGAACCGAUAUCACGUGUCAGGCUGUCACUGAUCCGACCAUAACGCCGCUCUCCGAGAAUGUCUCCAUAGACGUGAAUUUGCGACCUCUAUGGGUAAGGCUGUUAGGGGGUAAGCGACCUCUAGUGGCGGGGCAGAGUACUGAAUUAGUCUGCCAAGCGGUCGGAGCGCGACCAAAACCUAACAUAUCAUGGUGGAAAGGAGGCACAAGAUUGAAGAAUGUUAGAGAAACAAUUUCAUCGGAUGGCAAUGUUACCAGCAGUAUCCUGACCUUUGUGCCCUCGAUCGAUGAUGCUGGGCGGGUUUUAUCGUGCAGAGCUAUACAACCUCGUUUACCACACUCUACUCACGAAGACGGUUGGAAACUAGAAAUACAACAUUUGCCAGUGGUCAAAUUGGAAUUAGGUGCUAACUUGGACGCGGAUAAAGUGAUAGAAGGUUCUGAUGUGUAUUUAGAUUGUAUGGUGCGAGCAAAUCCAUGGCACAGUCAUGUAUAUUUUACUCACAAUGGUGCAAUAGUAAAACCCGGCCCAGGAGUUGUUUUGGCCAACCAGAGCCUCGUUCUUCAGCGUAUGUCUAGAAAAGCUACGGGCGGUUAUGUUUGCGUCGCAAGGAAUGCACUAGGCGAGGGCUACAGUGACCCACUAGUGUUGGAAGUGAAAUAUGCUCCUACAUGCAAAUCUCAUCAAGCGACCGUCAUCAGAGCAGCUCGUGGGGAGGUCGUCGAUAUUAUGUGUGAAAUUGAUGCCAAUCCUAUGGAACCGAUGACAUAUCAGUGGUGGUUUAAUAGCAGUACGCAAACAAAACUGGAACUCAAUACGUUUUCAACAAAUUCUCAGAAUAACCUCGGAAGGUAUUUGUACACAGUGAACACUUCAUCUGACUACGGCUGGGUUCAAUGCACUGGUACGAAUUCUGUUGGAAGACAGAACACUCCUUGCUUGUUUCACAUCCUUCCUGCUGAGAAACCGUCGUCGGUGAAAAACUGCGAAAUCACAAACAUGACGUAUGACUCACUAACUCUUGGAUGUUCCCCCGGACACGACGGUGGCAUGAAACAAUCGUUUCUAUUACAAGUAUAUGACAUAUCAACCGGUAUUCUGCUUCGUAAUAUAACAAGCGAAGAGGCUCAAUUCAUAGUUUGGGGUCUGUCCGGAAGUACAGCAGUUGGUAUAUCCGUUAGAGCCUUCAAUAAGAAAGGCUUAAGCGAGCCCUUUACCCUCACAUCAAACUUAUUGAAACAUCCACAACGACAUACAGCCAACGUUCCGGUUCGUGUGGAACUAACAACUGUGUUGGUGAGCGUGCUCGUUGCUGUGGCCGUUAUAGCAAUACUCACAGCAGUAUCCGCUGUCAUUUUCUGUUGGAAAUACUGUAAUAAAGACGACAAAAAUGAAAAGACAAAUCGAAAACAGGACGAGAUAUCAAAUAUACCGUUGACUGGUACCAACGAGUGUGAGAGCGUUGAUAGCUUGGAUAAAAAUCCAGACAUAAUACCAAUCGAGGGUAAAAUAAGCGAUAAUUGUUCGAACAAAUCCUCCGCGACCGAUUAUAGCUCCAUAAGACCGUUGUUAUCAAAAUCGGACGACAAAUACGAUCACAAUCCGACCGAUCGGCACUACGACCACGGCGAUCCGUGUAGCCAAUACGUCCAAGUACGACCGUUAGACUUCCGAGUACAUCAAUACCAGCAUGGCCUACAAAUGCCCAACGUGGGCCAAGCUAUGCCAGGCCUUGGGAUGCACAUGCCAAAUAUUGGACCAAACGAGUGCCGGCCGUAUGAUAAGGUUUACGAGAAUUGGCUGAAGUACAAGAAUGCCUUACCGCUAAAUACUAGCGGACUGCUGCCGGUAGAACAGCUCAUGCCACCGGAACUGUACACUCCAUCGAUAUACACAACCUCCAGCCGGAAUCCUCUCAACCUGUCUCAGAUGCCGGAACUCGAGCCUUUCUGUGACAGAAGGUCGCCCCCCGUUAGGGUCAACGCGGAUAAUAACAGCGCCUACUAUAAUGUUGACAGACAUACACACACCCUGCCUUUAAGGCGACCUGCCAACCAUCAAUUAGAUACGAAGCAGAAUCAAUUGAAAACAGCGGAAAACAUCAUGAAGCAACCGGAAACGAGCCAAGAGUGUAGAUGAGUAACCACCGAUGACUAUCUAGAGACGAAAAUGUAGUUCAGUGUAAUGUGAAUAAUAAUUUAAUUAAAAUGAACAUAAAUCGAAAGUUAACGAGUGUUUCAGUGGUAGCUGAGUUUGAAGGGACCCAGUGUUGCCAGUGUGUUUUAAUCGAGUGGUCAAUUGUGUAUUAAAAUUUAUAUUAGUUUAUCGUUGUUUGGAUUUUCUAAAGUCUUAAGACUGAAAAUUUAAUGUAAGUAAUUUAUACGUUUCAAAUUAUUAUAAUUGUAUUAGACGAUUAAUUAUUAAUUGUUAAAAAUGUAAAUUAUUGUAAAUAUUUAUUAUACAUUGUACAGAUUAUGAUAAAGAAAUGUUGCCAUUAUAGGUUAGUUUGUUUUUAAUUGGCUUGAGUCAUAUGAGCUUCUCGUAUUAUGAAAAAUUACCAGAUUAUCGAAGUAUUUAUUUUUAGUUUUUGUACUUAUUAAUGCGUGUAUAAGUAUUCGUGUAUAACAAUAAAGUUUUUAAAUUAUGUACAGAUAUAAUUAAUUGCAUAUGCCUAUAAAAGUGUUGUUAUAAUUGUAAAAAAAAAUA